UUGGCAUUAUUAUUGUUUGAUUGGAUGUGUUACUCGAACGACCCACUUUUUGCUCGAAACUAUUAUUUCCAUCAGGCGUUAUUGUAAGCCCUUGUGAAAAAGGCGGAAGGCAGUUGCCUUUUAGCAUUAACGAUGAUACACACAAUGUACGUACACCUCUUUCCUUUUAGCAUUGGCGAACUUACUUUUACGGCACGGUACGAUUGACGUACGACGCGAUAUCUGUUUUCGAAAUGAUUUUCGAAAUUGGGAUCGAUUAGAGAUUAUCGUUUGUUCACGUACGAUAAAAUAUCGAAAAUUUAAGUUAAUUUAAUCUUCCGUGUUAAUUUCGAAAGAUAUUAUAUUUUCGUAAAUUCUAACCUCAAAACUUCUAACAGUUUUCUUUCUUGAUGAUCGAGUGUUCGAAUGCCAAUCAUAUUGCUUCGUAUAGUCACGUGAUCAUGUAAAGGAGCAAUAGUAAUUUUGUUCGUAACUUUUCGAUUUUUAUCGAAAACUUCAUAAGCUUUUCAAUUUAUAAAACGAAUCAUCGGAAAUCGAAGUUAUAAAUCUAUUCCAAUCAAAAAAAGUGAAAUAUUUAGAUUGAAGUUACGUUAAAUAUUAGAUAUCGCUGUAAAAGUGAGAUAUUUUAGAGAUAUUAGGAAGCGCUGUAUCGAUGAAUAAUCGAGUUCCAUUAAGUUCGAAUUACAAAGUUGAGCAAGCUCCCGACCCAAUUUAUGUUCGAUCAAGUUUUUAUUUCGGACGAAGUUGCGGCACGUAUGGGUAUCGUCCGGAUAGAAAAAUAACGUCGUUCAUAGGAAAUUAUCCAAUGUUACUUAGUUGCAAAUAAGCACUUAUGGCAACGCGAGAAUAGUCGCAUAGUGAUGAAAGUAAUCGGCUAUUCUACGGGCUUAACGUUGCGUGAAGAAAAUAGAAAGUUUUCUUGGAAGAUGAUUUAGAGGAAUCAUACGCUAUUCAAAUAAUUUGUUAUAUUAUCGUGUGAUUUCCUAUGAUUGGAUGAACCGCGUUAUAACCCAUUAUUCGUUACGAAAGUAUACAUUCUAACUGUGAGCAGCUUUUAAAAGUUUUUAAUACGAGAAAAUUAACAUUUAAUCGAGAAUUCCUCAGGGAUUGUCUCGAUAAAAACUCUUCGUAAUCAUCGAUCCACCUUUUCCAAUAAUUUCCAAAAUUACAUUACCUUUAUACAUUCGCUUUACCGCAUUGCGUAGCGGUCAAAACACAGAUGCAACGAAUCAACGAGUGAAAUUUCCACCCCUCCACCACGCAACGAAUGGUUACCCCUCCGCAGCCAGUUUCGGAGAGGAGCAAUGAAAAAUCCAUUCGUAAUCCAUUAAAUCGUGCGCGCAGCAACGGGAUUAGGAGAAGAUGGUGCAGGGCGGUUGCUUCGGAUCCUUGGCAUCCCGGUGUGCGAUGCGGAGGCUGGCUGGUGACUCCGUGACCCAAUUUCCCCCGUUUCCUCCCCGCUUUCGAUUCGUAUACGCGUAUUCGUAUUCCACACGUUCGUCGUCGUGUCCUUCGCCGUUCACCGUGGUAUCGUCGCUCUCGGUAUCCAGCCAAUAUUCCUUAAUACAUUCGACUCGAUCGGUAUCAUCAAUAUCGUUAGUAUCCUUCACCAGUAUCGUAUCCACCAACGUCGCCACCCUCGUCACCGUCAUUUUUACCUCCGUCGGCCCGAUCUUCGUCGAUUUUCCCUCGACCACCAAUAUCACCACCACCACAGUAUCCAAUCACCAGUCAUUUUUCCCUCGGCCGGUACCGCCACCCCUUUGGCAUAUCGGUUGCUAUCGCCACCGCGCCGCCAGUAUAUCCCCGAGGAGAGCGGCAUUGCCGCCGUGGCCGCCGCCAGAAUCACCGCCGCCGCGUCGACUCGAGUCGGCUCGAGUCGAGCGACGGUGGUGGUAUCCGGCGUCGAGCCGCGUCUCGACGUCGUCGUCCGUUCACGCUUGCCCUGGCUCGCGACGCUAUGCGUCGCGUCCUUCUCGCCACCUGUGCCAGCUGUUCCACCCGACUCGAGGGAUUAGGAUGUAAUCGAACGGACGAUUUCAGUACACCAAUCAGCUCUGGCAGCAACAUGAGCAGUAUAGCAAGGUUUCCAAAAUUGGACGAGUGUGCCCACUUUCAUUACGAACAUGUUGAACUCAGUUCUUUGGAGGUUUCGCUUAGCGAGGGUACCAAUGAUUCAGACAGCUACGCGGUCAGAGUAACAUCCGGGGACGCAUGCUGGACGUUGCAGCGAUCGUACGACAAUUUUGUUAUGUUCGACAAGCAAUUGCAUCGGUGCAUAUUCGACAGGAAGUUUUCUUCCUUAACCAAGCUUCCAGAUACACGGCCAAAAAACACCUGUGAUAUACUGAGGGACUAUUUGAACAGGUUCUCCCAGUUAAAUCAUGAAGGCCUAAAUUGCGGUCCUGUGUUAAAUUGGUUGCAGCUAGACAAUAGGGGAAGAAGAAUCCUCGUCCCAGAGUCAGAUUCAUGCCCCAUUAAUACUCCUGCAGUAGCCGCGGCUUAUGCUGUUAGACCUUACGUAGCUCAGGCGCCGGAUGAAAUCUCGUUUCAGGUUGGAGAUAUGAUUUCGGUGAUAGAUAUGCCCCCUCCAGGGGAGAGUACAUGGUGGCGUGGGAAGCACGGAUUUGCAGUCGGUUUUUUCCCGGCCGAAUGUGUGGCUGUGAUCGGGGAUAAAGUGCCACGGCAUCUCACCGUGUCGACGACAGUUAGAUCAAAGUUACCCGUGAAACCGGUGCUCAGAAAGCACGGGAAGCUAAUCGCCUUUUUCAGAUCGUUUAUAUUGAAUAGACCGUCUAGAAGACGAUUGAAGCAGUCAGGAAUUCUGAAGGAACGUGUAUUUGGUUGUGAUUUAGGGGAACAUCUUUUAAAUUCUGGUCAAGAUGUGCCUACUGUUUUAACGUGCUGCGCUGAAUUCAUCGAGAAUCAUGGCCUGGUGGAUGGUAUAUAUCGUCUAAGCGGCGUGACAUCGAACAUUCAGAGAUUACGAAACGCGUUCGACGAGGAUCGUGUUCCUGCAUUGCAUUCCGAUGAAAGUAUUCUACAAGAUAUUCAUUCUGUCGCUUCGUUGUUGAAAAUGUACUUCAGAGAGCUACCGAAUCCGCUCUGUACGUACCAGCUUUAUUCCACUUUCGUUAGCGCGGUUCAAGCUAGUACCGACGCGGAAAGAUUGAGGCGGAUGAGGGAUACCGUUAGAAAAUUACCACCACCGCACUACAGAACGUUAGAAUAUCUCAUGCGACAUUUAGUGAGAGUCGCAGCUCGAGGAGCGGAGACUGGUAUGACGCCGCGUAACGUUGCGAUUGUUUGGGCUCCGAAUCUCUUAAGAUGCAAGGAAUUGGAGGUUGGAGGCGUAGCCGCGUUGCAAGGCGUCGGUGUGCAGGCUGUGGUCACGGAAUUUUUGGUCUGUUACGCCGAAUUGAUUUUCGGAGACGGCCCAGUCGGAAGGCCGAAAUCAUUGGCCAUUACAACACCGGCGAGAUUGCUUAGUUUGGAAGAGGCUCGAAAUCGUAGCCUGAGAGGUGAGCCUGAUUACGUGGAAGUGGGCGCUGGUCCAGCCGGGUUACCAUUACAUUACCAUACGGUCAUAGAAUUACCGCGAAAGAGAAAUGGCUCGAAACGUUCACCCUCGUUGAACUGGAGAGCUUUGUUCGGUCGAGGUGGUUUGGGUGCCAGAGGAAAAACAAGACAAGUUGGCACGCCACCUCAAACAGAAACGGUGCCAAGUUCCUUAAACUCCUUACGACGAUUAAGACCAGUGAAAAGCGCAGACAGUUUGGAUGGUGAGGACAGUUUAGGUCCUCUGCUGGGACCGCCACCAGCUAGACCUUGCGGGCAUAGUCGAUCAGUUUCGCAUGAUUCCUAUUUCGAUCAUUUAGCAGACGCACCGAAUACCGCGUCGCCGUUGGAUUUGUCGGAAAUACAGCUUAACUUCGACUUGGAGGAACGAGAAAUGCGAAUGUUCUCGGAGGAGGAGAGUGGGGGAGUUGCAUCGGUGGAAGCAUCUCCUCGACGACAAAGAACGGAAGGAACGCAGAAUAUAGCCGCUACCGGUGGAUCCAAGAGGAAGAGAUCGCGAUUAGAGGAAAGACUGCAAUGCGACGUUGAGUUGCGCUUCAUUGAUAGCCAAAGUCCUGAUCAGGUGAUGGUAUCUGCAGAUAUUCAUAGCAUGGAUACUCCAUCUCCUUUGCCAACACCAGGGUACCUACCGUUAUUAUCCGAAGCUUCAACCCCACUCACACCCGCUACACUACAUGGAACACCGCAUUCUACGUCACCUGUACCAGCUAACAGUCCUAGGAUAAGUUUCCGAAGUUUCACUUUACCUUUAGAAAUCGAUGACGAACAAAGUAACGCGAAUAAACUGAACAGAACUAGCGUGUCUUCCGAUAAAUCAUCCGACCCUAGUCAUAGGUUAUCUGUAAACUUAGAAGGGCAGAGUAAUGCUAAAUCCUGUGAGAGAAUAAUGACAUACGACAAGCACAUAGAUUUGUACGAUGAUAAAGAGCCUUCCAAGACUCAAAAGACUUCGAAGGAAACAAACUUAGUUGUAUCAGAUGUAGUCGACCAAGAAAUGAUGCCUUGCGAGAGGCUAAUGUCUCAUCCUAGCGAGAUAGAUUCUAGUAAAGUAACAACGUCUAUUUGUAAGGAUAUAGAAAAUAGAUCAAGCUCGUGUCCCGUUGAAGAUAAUAAAUCUCGUAGCGGGGACACCAGAGAUACGUUGGACGUGCGAAAACACGAUGUACCGAUGAACAAAUCGAUCGUUUCGCAAAACGACGAUGCUGCUAUGGCGGGAAAUUCAAACGCACAUAGGAACGAAUUACCAGGACUGCCAUUAUCCAGCGCAACAGAUCUCGAUUCUCCGAUGUCAUGCGAACAAACGAUUGAGGAUUUGCCUGAUUCCGGUUUUGUGAUUUGUGAUAACUCCGACAAGAUAUUUACAAACACAGAAACAUCACAGAUGAUAUCCAACACUAACGAUUCUGGUGAGUGGGUGAUAGUAGAGACAACCGGUUCGAUUACGACACCUACGAGCGAAUCAAGUAGCUCUAAGGAUCCUUUAGAAGGCACCGUGAAUAAUGCGAUUGCAACGGAUGCACCGCAACUAAGAUCAAUAUCGGAAAAUGUUUCCAGAACUUCUUUGGAUCUCACUAUGGGUUCAACUGUGGAUACUGAUACGUCUUGCAUCGGCGUCAGUGACUUGACUGAAAGUCCCGUUCUUCCUCAGGAAACGGCUGAAAUGACAUUCGACGUUGCUGAUAAUAGAGAACUCGAGGAACAUGAUGUUAACACGGUACAAAGAACUUCUAGAGUUUUCGAUGAUCAAACAAAUUUUGGAGUGGUUGAUUCUGGGAAUAAUUUUUCAAAUAUCGUACAUUCGCCUGUACAAGAUCAAGAUAAUGGAAAUCAGAAGAUACGUACCGUUAGUAUGGCAGAUAUUCAUUUAAAUCAAAAAUCUAAUGAAAUGGAGCAUGAAAACAACGCUUGUUACACGCAAUUAGAUAACACUAAAACGUUCAAUAGAAAUGAGAAUCCAGUGAAGGAACAGAUUCUCGUAGAAGAAGAAACUUUUGGAAAUUCUCAACGAUCCUCAAAAAGUCUCGAUUUUCAACAACAAGAAAUUCGACGUUCCUUGCAGUUACAUCAGAAACCGCAAUUUCAGGCAAGUGAUCGCUGCUCGUUCCCCAAUCAAUCAAAGAAGAGUCAAAAUCUUGAUUUAUCUUUAACUAAUGUCGAUAACAACAAGCAACGUUGUCAAAAUCAAAAAUCAGAAAAGUGCCAAAGUUUUGAAUAUGUUUCGCCAAAGGAAUCGACUCAGAACAGUCAACAGCACAAACAAUUUUCCUCGCGUGCUGAAGAAUCAUUGAAAUGCAAUAACGUGAAGAACAGCCAAUUACAAGAGCACAUUGAAGUGGUAAUACCAUCAGAGAAUGCGGCAGAACCUAGUGAGAUAGCUCAUCCUCCAGAAGGUGCAUCCGAGACAACAUCCUUAAACUCAUCGUGUACUUUUUCAAAUACAUCUUCUCCAGUGGAUGAUUCUAUCGUUCUUCGAGACACGGCUGCUAUACUUCAAGAAUUAGCAUUGCAAAGGUUAUCUGGAGGUAUUGUGGGAGAUUUAUCCGUCCCACCAAGAAGAAGAUACGAAGCGGAAAGUAACAAGGAUCGAAGAAGCUUUGAUUCUGAAAUCGGUAGGGAAAUUGUACGUGAGCGAAAAAUGAAGCAAGAAUUGGAUUCUGCUCGGGGAAAGUCGGAAGAACCACCGGUAAAUAAUACUCAACACUUGCCACCAUGUUUGAGAGCUCGUCACGCGAGGGCGACACGAGCAUCGCUCAGUCGAUCUUUAGACGAAGCAAAAUUCAAUAAGAUGACGGAGGAAGCAUCUUUACCAGUAAAACAGGUUACAGAGGACGUGCAGCACAGUUCUACGCCUAAUGUUGGAACAGGUUCGAACGCUACGUCGAGUAGUUCUGAUAAAACGCAUUUAAAGAAUCUUGGGUUAGAUCUUGGCGAUCCUCAGUGUAGAGAAAGGAUAGAAAAGUACAAAGAAGAAAGGAGGACAUUCUUAAGGGAUAAAUACAGAUCGGAAAGCUUUCGAGGAAUGUUAUCGAAGACGGAAGAUGAUGGGGAACAAGCGCUUUUGGCUAGGUUAAAGCAGAGAGCUUCUAGACCCUCCCUUCAUUGAUAUUAAAGUAAUAUUUAUGGAAAUGUUCUGUCAAGUUUUUCCUGCGUUGAAUAAACGGCUCUGCAAUCGCGUCGCAUGAUGAACUAUGAUAUAUACUAUUCCAGUGAUCUAUUCGUUGUACCGAUCAUCGCAUUUAACCCUUUGUUCUCAACGACGUUCAAAUUUUAUUGAGGUAUGUUUAUUUCUUUUUGUUUUUUUUUUUUUAUUAUUAUUAUUUUUCUUUUACAUUCGAAUGUUAGAUAUAAAAACGUGUAUUUUUUUCGUUUGAAUAAUUUCAUAUGAUAUUAAAAAAAAUGGAUAUCAGUAUUUUACGAUAUUUAUCGAAAAUGAUAGUUAAUCGACUUAUAUCGACUUGUAUCAACUAAAUCGAUUUAUAUCGACUAAAUCGAUUUGUAUCGACUAUCGUAAUUUUAAAUGGAAGACAUAUUGAUUCUAACGUCCAAUUUCAAGAAACAUACGUACGAUUGAUUUUUUAAGUGAUUAAAAACUUUUUGCUGUUUUUCCUUUUUUUUUUUAAGUAUUUAAUUAAUAUUUUAUUUAAUAUUUAUCUUUUUCUGCGUGUUAGAUUAAUCGAGUACAAAGGAUUAAAGUGUGAAACUCAAUAAAGUUAAAUUAAAGAUGAGUGGUAUAACGAAAAAAGAAAAAGAUGGUCUGAUGAUUGAUGCUUUUAGAAAGAAAAUCGAUGGAAAAUGUUCGGUUUUUUAUCGCUGUUGUUAACAGAACAGUUCGAUGAUAUAAACUGUAUCUUUUAAUUUAUUAUAUAAACGAUAUUAUACAUAAAUAUUAUUAGAUUAUUUCUGUUAUUGUUACGAGUCGUGUAAGAAAUCAAUUUUUGUCAUUAUUGUUAUCGUUCCCAAAGAUGUCCCAUUUUAUUAAUGCUUUUCGCGCUGUUCUGUUAAUCGACCAUUAAUUUAAUCGAUAUGUACCAGAGUGUAUUGGGUUCGUGGACUGAUUUGUUGUCGACCCUUUGCACACGAAACUGCAUUUUUUAACGUGAGUUGAAGUAAGUAUGUAAGCUUGUUUGAUAAAUUUUACGCAAAGUUAAAUGUUUUCACGUACGAAUUUAUAUAUAAAUACUCCUCUUGUGAUGGUUGAAUUAGAAAUCUUCGAAUAAUUAUAUGUUCGUAACGCGUAGUGCUUUAUAAAUACAUGUUUUCUCAUAUUUUAUUGUCGUCCUGUUUGUUUGAGAAAAAUAACGAAAAAAGAUGACAAAAAAGAAAAAAAUAAAAAAAAGACCAAAAAAAAAGAGAGAAAGAAAAAACAAGAAAAAUGACCAAAUUAAUGAAUUCUAUUAAUACAUAUAUAAAAAAUAUUUGAAAUAUUCGUUCUGUUUAGAUUUAAAGUACGGGUGCAAAGGGAUUAAUAUUUUUUAAGUGAAAGCGUAUGUGUCUUCGUAUCGAUUAAUGUAAUCGAGUUAUAAGAUAUAAUCGAAACGCUUCCCUUUUUUUUUUUUUUUUUAUGAAUUUUGUUGUUGCUCAUUGAUCUAAAUAUUUUUAUACGGUAUUGCAUUUUAACGAAAGGAAAGUUUGUUCGUUAUAAUAAUCGGAAGUGUGUGUUAAGUAUCCUAGCAUUUUAUCACUUCCUUUUUUUUCUUUUUUUUUUUCUUGUUUCGAAUAUUGUUCGAAUUUUUUCCCUCUUUUAAAAUUAAUAUUGUUAAUUUUUUUAUUUUAUUAUUAUUUUUUCAUUUUUACGUUUUACGUGUUCGUUUUCACGCCAAUCGCUUAUCACGUGUAAAAGAAAUAGCACGUAGUUACAGAUUUUAUAAAAUAUGUUACACCCUAUUAGUGUUAUAUCGAUGUCGAGAAUAUGAAAUUAGAAUAUUCGUUGAUAUUCGUGUUCAAUUUUAUGUUAAGAGCUCUGGUACAUUUGAUGGAUUUUUGUUCAUACUUUAUUGAAAGUUAACAAAAAAUUUUUUCUUUCUAUACAUAUUAUACAUAAAUAUACGAAAAAAAAAAAAAUAAUUGAAAUUACUAUAUUAAAUUAAGUAUUCUAUGCACACGUUGAUAUAUUUUCUUUUUUUU